GCCUUUCUGUCUCCUCUCUCCCUCCGUACUGGACGGCCCGAGGCCAUUUCCGGGCUUUGGAUAUCUGGUAUAGAUCAAGGCUGAGGGCUCAGGAGCAGGUGGCUGCGGUGGGGCAACUGCACCGCCAGUUUGGUGCGCCAGAGGCCGUCUCUUGCAGUCUUUGUUGUGGAUCCUUUCCUGGCCGGCCGGCCGGCUUCUCCCUCCGGGCCUGCGCGCGCUCCCGGACUUUGCGCCGCGUGGGGCGCUGCUGUUGCGCUCCGUGCCCCCUCGGUGCCAGCCGCGGCCGGGAAGCGGGCGGUGAGGGGCAGCCGGGACCCUGGGCUAACAUGGCUGAAGUCAGCAUCGACCAGUCCAAGCUGCCGGGAGUCAAGGAAGUAUGCCGAGAUUUUGCUGUCCUGGAGGACCACACCUUGGCUCACAGCUUGCAGGAACAAGAGAUUGAGCAUCAUUUGGCAUCAAACAUUCAGCGGAGCCGUUUGGUCCAACAUGAUCUCCAGGUGGCCAAGAAGCUCCAAGAGGAAGAUCUGAAAGCCCAGGCUCAGCUCCAGAAGCGCUAUAAAGACCUUGAACAACAAGAUUGUGAAAUUGCUCAGGAAAUCCAAGAGAAGCUGGCAAUUGAGGCAGAGAGACGACGCAUUCAGGAGAAGAAAGAUGAGGACAUAGCUCGCCUUUUGCAAGAAAAGGAGUUACAGGAAGAGAAAAAGCGAAAGAAGCACUUUCCGGAUUCCUCUGGAGCCAAGGCAUAUGGAGAUGGUUACUAUUAUGAAGAAGGAGACCAGUCAAGGUCAAGGAGGGCCAGGGAAUUGGGUUCUGGAUUCUCAAGGCCUCAUAGACUCCAAAAUGAUGGGAAACCUGUGAAGCAGAGGAAUGAGAAACCAAAAAUUCCAAUGGAGAAUAUGGAAGAGCUGGAAGACCAUCAUUUAUCAGAGAGAUCUCUGUCAUCCCCUAGCUGGAGCAGAGUGAGGGAUGAUCCCCAAAUUAACAUUGAACAGCAUGAAAGGAAAUGGUCUGGUCGUGAGAGGCUUCCGCAACCUACACUUCCCAGGAUCAGUGGUGAGAUGUUUCUAAGCACUGAAUUUGAUGAUUGGAAGGCUAAUAGUAGCCAUCAGACUCGGAAUUGGGAAAAACGAUCCCAACACCAAGACCGACUUUCACCGAAGUCCCCACCGAAAGCAGGGCAUCACUACAAGGAAGCUGUAUGUGGGAGGGACCAUGGGCAGGGUGAGCACAGAAAAAGGAGACACAGGCCAAGGACUCCUCCCUUCUCAGAGAGUGAGGAACGGCUCCACCUCAGUGACACAGGAAUGAAGCCAAGAGUGAUGAAAGAAGCUGUCUCUCCUCCAUCUCAAGUGAACCACAGGGAUCAGGAAUGGUAUGAUGCUGAAAUUGCCAGAAAACUACAAGAAGAAGAACUUUUGGCUACCCAGGUAGACAUGAAAGCAGCUCAAGUAGCUCAGGAUGAGGAAAUUGCUCGACUGCUAAUGGCUGAGGAGAAGAAAGCUUUCAAGAAGGCCAAGGAGCGGGAAAAACCAUCUUUGGACAAAAGAAAGCAUGACCCUGAGUGGAAGCCAAAAACAGCUAAAUCAGCACAUCCAAAGUCAAAAGAGAAUAAUGAACCUCACCGUUCUAAGAAUGGCAGGCCAGUACGGCCACCACCACCUGCCAUGACAGAUGCUGAAGAUUUGGAUUACAAUCAUUUUACAAACCAGCAUAAUUCCACACGUCAUUUCUCAAAACCGGAAUCCUCUCAUAAAGGUUUCCAUUACAAGCAGUAAAAACCUAGGACUCUGCCUUGAAACGGACUCACUGUAGCAAAUACUACUGGAUGGUACAAAAUGCAUUCCACAUUUAUUUUUUCCUCCUAAGUUUGCUUUUCCAGGACUUAUCUUUAAGUGUGUUUCUGACCAUAAAUAAUUUUAAUUCACUUACAAUAUUUUGGUUAUUCCUUAUCACUUGGGCAGUACAAGAAAAUCUAGCUUCUGAAUAUUGGCCCCCUCUAUGUUGGGAGGUGGUAUUUAAGAGUUCUGUAAGCCAUUUUUGUUAGAUAUAGAGUAUUGGUAUGUAGGGAUUAGUUUUUGUUUUUGUUUUUGUUUUUUUUUUGGGUAGCAAUUAAAAUUUUAUGAAGUUGAAUGCUCAAGGUCAGCAUAAUGUUUCCAAUACAGAAUAGAAGAAUAAAGUAAAUAGCUUUUUUUGGAUUCAUUAGUGUAUGAUGUAUUGAAGGACAGUCUUUUGCUUUUUAUACCCUUCAGGAAAAGAAUCACAAGCAUAAAAUAUUUUUUAAAAAUACACCUUUAGCUAUUAAACUAUAUUGUUUUGACCACUGGUCUGUAGAGCUUUUGCAUAUCCUUAUAAGCCGUCCUAGGAAAAUUGGACUAGAAACAUUCUUUAAAACUUCCUGAAUAUCAGGGAUUUCUGGGCAUCAGGCUGUUGAUUAGUAUUUAUUGGCAGAAUUUUAACUCUAUGGAAUUUUAACUCAUGUCUGUGCAAAGUCAAGUGAAAAUGAAAAGUUUUGUGUGCCUUCUCUUCUGUCCAUUUACUUGUAGAGUCAAGGGAAAUGAAAUUAGGAGAUGAUCACAUAAAUGAUGAUGCCAUUCUCUGGCAAGAUGGAAGUUUUUUUCUUGCUUCAAAGACAGCAGUAUUUCAGUAAUGUCUUGUGCAGCCUUCGGUAAUUAGAUUAAUUCAACUUGAGGUUAUAAUUGAUAAAAUGGUUCUUUAUCCAAGUAUUUGGUUCCACACGUUUGUUAAUGAGCAUUGGAUGCCUUUUUACAAGACCUUUAAGCCUGCCUCUCUUCAAGAAAUCUGGAGUCUUUGUUUAGCUGCUAACCUUGUAGAAAUUCGUAUUCUCAUUUUAUUUGUUUAACAUAAAUGGUGAUCAAGCUGUAUAUAUAAAAUGUAUCCCAUCAGCUUGAUCUGCUUUUAUUUUUCAUUAUAUGGAUCUUACUUUUUGGCAUGUCAACAUGGUGUUCAUUUAGGAAAGAAACAGGUGACUGGAGAAAAAGUUGUAAAUCCAUUCUUGUCCCACUGGAAACUGCCUUCUGUUUGCCUUAACUUUCCAGAUAGUCUUUAAAGUUAGAUGGUUUUCAGAAAGCUAUUUAGAACCGUUUGUUAUAGUAGAUUUGGAACUUUUAUUUUGGAGAACGAUCUUUAGUACUUACAGUUUUUGGAACCCUAGGAACUUGGGCAAAAAGCUUCUAAGCAUAGUUACAUUUGGGGAAAUGACUAAUACAGAAAGAAACAAAACCCUAAAGGUUGUAGUCAUUUUGGAGAAAUAGAGGAAAGGGAAAAUGACAGGACUUAGAAAAGCUAUAAUGCAAUGAAGAAAAAUCUACAUUUAAAUGGAAAAAGGGAGACAAAAUGGAGGCUCUGGCCUUAAAUCAAAUUCUAGAAGGUGAUCUCAAUACCCAAUAUUUAGGCCCUGUUGACUUAUAGUAAUGCUAUAUUUUUCUUUGUCUGCCCUGUGAUUUUGCUUCAUGUUUAAGAAAAAAAUGAUAGUUUUAGAAAAAAAUGUAGUGUAUUUUUAUUUGAUAAUUAGGCAAAUGGGCAAUGUCAUUUGCAAUAUUUUUAUUUUAUAAAUGUUUAUUUUUCUAUCUCAUAAUAUGAUCAAGUUUACUUUAAAAAUUCUGCAUUUCUUUUGCUACUCAUGUACUUCUUUCAAUCAUAUUUAUUACUGUAAAAUGUUAAUUAAGAGACAUUUCAUUUGGAAAUGUCAGGCCACUUAACAUUUACCAAAUGUUAAUAUUUCAGCUGUCUUAGUGAAUUUCUGACCAAAGGUGGUAUUCCCCUUGUGACAUACAGUUCAACAUCUGUAUUAAACAUUUACUUUUCUUUUUAAAUUUUUUUAAAAGAUUAGAAUUUUUAAGUAUUUUAUUUUAUUUUUGUAAAGCACUUUUUUAAAAGUAUCAGAACUAUUCUUUCCCUGUGAAUAAGGAGACAAAAAUCAAACUCAACCAGUUAAAUCCUCUUAUUUUUCUCAUUGAAAUAAUAUAUUUUCUUUGAGACUAUGGUAACAGCUAACCACUUAUUUUAAUGAACUGCUAAAAACUCUUCACUGCUUGCUCGCUUUUUAUUUUGUCAUUUUUGUAUAAAUGUGGAAGCAUAUACUUUGUUCCUAUUCCUACUACUGGAGCAUAUGCAGUUUACUUUUUAGGCCCACAGUGUACUAUGCUUUAAUGUUGUGGUGUUAACUAAUACUUCCAACUUUAAAAACCCUUUCCUUUCUGUUUCUAUACCUCUUCCUUUUAGGAGGCUAGGCCUCAUUAACACCCCAUAUACCUGAAUGAGCACAAUGUGUUAUGGAGUCUUAUUGUAAGGCUACUUUGAUAUUUAUACCCCCUUUCCUCCUCCUAACUUUUGUAAGUCCUUGCUGGAAGCAGGAUUAGAUAAGGGUCAAAUUAAAUGUUCUAACUUGAAAAAAAUAAUUGGCUGUAAUGUUCAAACCAUUGUUAGACAUAAUCAUUUUAUUGGGGAUCUCGACAGUUGCUACACAUGCUUUAAAAGAACAUUGAGAUUUUUAGAAAGUCUCUUUGCCUACCAUUGAAUUACUGUUUCUUAAGUGACUUUACAACAACCAGCAGUAUCCUAAUGAACUACAAAUAUAUAUAUAUGGUUUUUGAUCAUAUAGAGACAUCUAAAUUAGAAAAGAAAAGUAUGGGUAAAUGUUCCUUUUCAGAAUGGCAGUGGCCACUUCAAUCUAGAUCAACAUAUUCCAAAAUAUCUGUCCCUGGGCCUUUGUUUUCCACUGAAUUUACUUUAGACAAUUCUGAGCCUGACCAUUUUCCUUCUUUCUUCUCUACUGUGGCCUGCAUCUGAGCUGGAUUAUAAAUAACUUCCCUGCUAACUGUUGUCUACCCCUUUCCCUCAAUGUAAGGACUUUUCAGUAUAAAAAUAGUCAGCUUUUAAUUGAGAAUUACUUUUAUUUAAUACUGUCAUGUCUCUCAAUUUUGCCUUUUGCCAAAUUGUUCUUUGUGAACACCUGCUAUAAAAUGGUGCAUUCAGGUUACCACAUAAGUGAUUAACUUUUUAGGGCCUUGAUUUUUUAAAGAGUAUUGCCUUUGUAUAAAAAUCACUUUGGGGAAUACCAAGAUUAUUCAUUUAUUCAGUGAUGAUUUUCUUGAAAGAUAACUGUGGUGAUUGGCUGAAUAAUCUUCAGCCUAAUAGUAGAGUGAGACCCUGUGUAAUAAACUUUCUGAAGGACUGAAAACAAAAAGAGCAUGUAAUCAAAAACUGUUUUCCUCCUCUGGAAAAACAGUUUUUGUGUAGGGAGAGUUAAUGUUGGAAGGUAACAAUGUUUGGAUAGAUUUCACUGAUUAUAGUGUGCCAUACUCUGAUAACCUGGGCUUUUUAGAUCAGUCAUAAAGCAAAACCUGCUGUUCCAGCAAAAAAGAAAAAAAAAAGAUUUUUAAAGUACUUAAUCCAUUUCUUACUGCUCAUAGUCAGAAAAGUGACUACAUGAAACAGUCCCAUUUUUACCUCUCAUCUCUGGUGGUGCCUGUGAGUCUUAAAGCCAUAUCUGUUUAUCUUACUGUUGAUAGACUAUUUUUUUCUCCUUAGUCCAGAAAAGGAAAUAUGGGCAAGGAGAAGCAAACUGGGGACUGUCCUGAUAAUGCUGCAUGGGGCACAAUGUCAUCCAAAUUUAUGGUGGAAGAAUCUCUUCUUAUAUGUAAGCUUCUUUAAGGGAAAAGUUAGAGGCUGUUGUUGCCCCUGGCAUUUAACAACUGUCAUUAGAAAUGCUAAAAUUUGAUUGUAGAGAAGUCAAGAAGGAAAGUAUAAACUGGGAAAAUGUAAUUACUUCUAUAGAGUCAUUUUUUUUCUGAUGAGACUUUCACUUUAUGCUAGCAAUGUCCAAGGAGCAGUAUUGCCUUAAAUUGGGUUGACUCUGAUUGAGGUCAGUGUACUGUAUUUUCCAUAUGUGAGUGACAGCCAACUCUCCAAUGAGAUAGAAAAUUUUACAGAUGAUCCCCAGAUAUCCUUGUCAUCAGGAGCUCUGGACCUACUCUUCCACUGAGCGUAAUUAACCUGUAACAUGAUAUAUUUUGCAAUCAUUUUAAAGUUGUUUGAUCAGCUUAUGAAUGAACAGUGUCAUGACCAAAAAGGCUAGUAAAAAAAAAAGGAGUAUGAGAAUUUCCUGCCUAAUUGAGAGUUGACUGUCUUUUUAUGUGGUGACUAUGUAGAUGAUACUUCCAAAGGUUUUAUUGUAUAGUGAAGACACUCAGAUUUAUUAUUUUGUAAGAAUUUCACCAACACCCUUGUGUAUUAAAAUGCUUAGCAUUAUCAAAAAAAAAAAAAAAAUCAAAAAAGAAAGAAAGGAAACCUAACAGAUCAGAGUUAUUUACUUGAAAUGGGAGAUAGAUUGAUGUGAAUGAAGAAUGUUUUUAUUUUAUUACUUCUAAGAGAAAAUUAACCAGGAAAACUUUGCUAUAGGUAGGGAAGACAGCAACCAGAGUGUUUUUUUAAAGAUAAUGUGUUGCCACAAACUAACAUAAUCAUGUAAGUAAUCAUGUUGAUUUGUGGAAAUAUCUGACCCUAAAAACCAUUCUUUUUCUGUUAUGUCUAUGUGAACACUGCCUAGUACCAAUAGAAUUAAUAUGCUUUUCUGUACUCUUUUAGCAAACUAGAAAAUGUUUUCCUCUUUUUGAGUAACUCUUCAUAACAUAAGGAGCCAGCACUAUGCUGGUUACAGCAUUUCAGAUAAGGGAAACGUUAAUUGCUUAAUUUAGUGCCCCAUUAUUUGUAGCUGCGGUUCAUAAUACAAAGAGUUAAAAAAUUGAAAGACAGGGUUUGAGUGACAUUUCCUUCAUAAAAGAGCAAGGAUUAAGAGCAGUGAAGGGGAGAGAGUUGAAAGAAUAUACUUUGACACAUUAUAUACUUAGGAUAUGUUUUUGUUACACUGAAUUUCAGACCAUAAUUUCCAAAAGAGUUUCUAGCUGUUAUAUUUGGUGAGAGAAUUUUUGAUGUCAGGAAUUUUGUAUUUCUGAUUGAAUUAGCCUCUGAAAUCCCUUAUGCUAUAACUUUAGCUCUUGCUGUAAACUGAAAGCUAAAUGUCCCUUCUCAGAGAUAGCUGUUUUUCACCUGCCUCUUAAAAGUAAGCCAGUAUCCAUUAUACAGAGUGGUAAAUAAUGAGGAGGUAUAGGGGAAUUAGCAUAUAAAAAUGAUAUUCCAAAAUGAGAAUUCCCUGUAAUGAAGUUUCCCCUAAGAGGAAUUCAUCCCAUCACAAUGUUAUAUUUUAAAAAGGUGCUGAAUUUUAAAAAGUACAGGAGUUUUCUCACAUUAAACAAGUUGCCCACAAAAUUAGAGGUGGUGCUGUCAUUUUUAUUUUAUUUUGGAGAAGUGCUUUCCUGAGAGAGAUUAUUACACAGUGCACGGGCAUUUUCAUAUACUUUAAUAAGAGCUCAUUUAGAUGUUAUCUCAAGUGUACAUCAGUUAGUAGCCAAGCCCAGACGGAAAGGCAGCUUUGAAAUAGCUACUUCAUGUAACUAAACAGAACAUUGAUGGUAUACAGUUACCUCUCCGAGUACAGAAACAGAGACCACCUCAAACCACAUGCCUAUCUAGAGAUUAAGUGAAACUGUGAGGGACACUUUGUAGAUGCCUUAAAGGUGACAAGUGUUGACUAUUGGUGGGUUUGUAUGCACCCAUCUGGACUAGGCUGAUGGAAACAGUCUUUUUCAUUUCACCUUCACACAGCACAAGUUGUUUCUGCUCAUGAGCUCAUUGAAGGAAAUGAGAAACAUGAUGCUGGUGACUUUCAUGCAUUUUACGUGCUUGAGGCGGUCAAUGUCAUUAGGAAUUAUCGAGUGCUCAAGCCUCUCUUAAAAGCCAAUUAUACAUCUACAUUAAUUCAUCUAUGCAAACCUGUGGGGUAUUUUUUGGUUUAGUUUUUACACCCUCUGUCCCAUUUCAUUCUUCAAACAUCAGGUUUAGCGUUGAUAUUAUGAAUAAUUUUUAAACCAAAGUAUUGUGUAGGUAUGUUUGCUUUGUUUUCCUGAAUGGUUUGACUGUAGCAAACAUCAGUCUUGUCUUCUCUCUUAAUAAAGUCAUCCAUUUGUUAA